AAAUGGCAGCGCAGUGUGUGACAAAGGUGGAGCUGACUAUUGCCUGCACCAAUCUCUUGGACAAAGAUGUUGGUUCCAAGUCAGACCCACUGUGUGUGCUUCUCCAGAACACGAGUGGUCAGCAGUGGUAUGAGGUUGAUCGCACAGAAAGAGUUAAGAAUUCCUUGAACCCAAGGUUUGCCAAGAAAUUCCUGAUUGAUUACUAUUUUGAGCUUGUUCAGAAACUUAAAUUUGGAAUAUAUGACAUUGAUAACAAAACCUUUGAUCUGAGUGAUGAUGACUUCUUAGGGGAAUUUGAAUGUACACUGGGACAAAUAGUUUCUAGCGGGACUCUAACAAAGCCGUUAGUACUUAAAAAUGGCAGACCUGCUGGAAGAGGAAAUAUUAUGAUUACAGCAGAAGAAGUGAAGGAUAACAGGGUCGUGGUAUUAGAAGUAGAAGCAAGGAAACUGGACAAUAAGGAUUUUUUUGGAAAGUCAGAUCCUUAUCUGGAAUUCCACAAGCAGACUGGAGAUGGAAACUGGGUGAUGGUUCACAGGACAGAGGUCAUUAAAAACAACCUGAAUCCUGUUUGGAGGCCCUUUAAAAUCUCUCUCAAUUCUCUGUGUUACAGUGACAUGGACAAGUCAAUCAAGGUUGAGUGCUAUGACUAUGAUAGUGAUGGGUCUCAUGAUCUCAUAGGAAGUUUUCAAACUACAAUGUCAAAACUGAAGGAAGCAUCUCUGUCCUCACCUGUUGAAUUUGAGUGCAUCAAUGAAAAGAAAAGACAGAAGAAAAAAAACUAUAAAAACUCUGGCAUUGUGAGUGUUAAGCACUGUGAGAUCAUAGUAGAAUGCACAUUCCUUGAUUACAUCAUGGGUGGGUGUCAGCUGAAUUUCACAGUGGGGAUAGAUUUUACAGGCUCCAAUGGAGACCCUCGCUCUCCAGACUCUCUGCAUUACCUCAGCCCUAAUGGAGUUAAUGAAUACCUAACAGCCAUUUGGUCUGUAGGAAUGGUCAUUCAGGAUUAUGAUACAGAUAAGAUGUUUCCAGCCUUUGGAUUUGGUGCACAAAUUCCUCCCUCCUUUCAGGUGUCACAUGAGUUCCCAUUAAAUUUUAACCCUUCAAACCCAUUCUGUAAUGGAAUUCAAGGCAUCAUUGAUGCAUAUCGGGCUUGUCUUCCUCAAGUGAAGUUAUAUGGGCCAACAAAUUUUUCUCCGAUUAUAAAUCAUGUGGCAAGAUUUGCUGCUGCAGCUACACAACAGCAAACAGCAUCUCAAUACUUUAUACUUCUGAUCAUAACGGAUGGUGUGAUAACAGACCUUGAUGAAACUCGGACUGCCAUAGUUAAUGCUUCGAAAUUGCCCAUGUCCAUUAUCAUUGUUGGUGUUGGAGGAGCAGACUUUGAUGCUAUGGAGUUUCUUGAUGGUGACAAUGGAGUUCUUAGGUCCUCAUCAGGAGAACCAGCUGUCAGAGACAUUGUCCAAUUUGUGCCAUUCAGGAAGUUCCAAACUUCUCCAAGAGAAGCUCUGGCGCAGUGCGUCCUGGCAGAAGUCCCUCAGCAAGUAGUGAACUACUUCAGCACCUACAAACUGCAACCUCCUAAGAAUCCUGCUGGAAAAUGAAUGGGCUGAGCAGGGGAACUGGGACUCUGUGCUUGCUGUACUUGCUAUACCUACAGACUUUGGUUCUUGAG